AUGAUUUCCAGCAGAGGGAGCUGGAGUUCCUCUAGUUCUGGUAACAAUGUUUAUCCAUCUACCGAGGGUAAAAAGAAGUCAGAUGUUGAGCAAUUGAGUCGGGGAGUGGGAGAAGUUCGAUUGGAUUCUGCACCAGAUGAUGUUGGUGAGUGGGAAGUAGUUGCUGGGAAGUCAAAAACCAAAGCUGGAAGCAGCUCCGGGAGGCCCUGGCCUCCUCAGAAUUCUUAUUCUAAAGCAUUGGGGCAGCAAGAUGUGGCUCAGAAGCCGGUUAUUCAGACUAAUAGUGGAUCGGGGAGGGCAGCUUGCAGCAAUUCCUGGUUCCCACAAAUUGUUGAUUUCAGGAAACCAGCUGGUAGGGGAAGCAUGAGGUCUCCACAAUAUUUGGUGCCACAAACUGUGAUUAGUGAACCUCUUGAGCGUGGAUGGAAUUGGCAAGGCAGAGCUGUUUUGGCACAGUCUAAGUUUCAAGAGGAUGACCAAAUUAAUGAUAACUCGUCCUCAAAUUAUGCUGCUGGUGAGGACGGUGAGGCAGAUGAGGAUCAUGAUGCUGACGAUGAUGACGUGGUUGACGAUGACUCUGAUCAGAUGUUUGAUGAUUCUGAUGAUGAUUUGAUGAGCGAUAAAUUUGAUUCCGACGCAAGUCAAAAGAGCCAUGGAACAUGGAAGAAUAACAGGUGGCUUAAGAAAUUUCUUGAGUUGAUAAAUUCCUUGACUGUUGAUGAAAUAAAUGACCCUGGAAGGCGGUGGCACUGUCCUGCAUGUCAUGGGGGUCCUGGUGCUAUUGAUUGGUAUCGGGGUCUGCAGCCUCUUAUGGCACAUGCAAGAACAAUUGGAGCAAAGAGGGUUAAGCUUCACCGGGAGUUUGCAAAACUCUUGGAUGAGGAGUUGAUGAGGAGAGGCACUUCAGUGGUCCCUGCUGGCAAAGUGUUUGGUGAGUGGGAAGGGUUGAAGGUUGAGGAGAAAGAUAAAGACAUUGUUUGGCCUCCAAUGGUUGUUGUCAUGAACACAAUUCUGAAAAAGGGUGAAAAUGACAAGUGGAUUGGUAUGGGAAAUCAAGAACUUCUGGACUACUUCAGCUCAUACCAAGCUGUAAAAGCUCGCCAUGCUUACGGUCCUCAGGGUCACCGUGGCAUGGGCAUUCUCAUCUUCGAGAGCUCUCCAAGGGGCUUUUUUGAGGCUGUAGGUCUCCACAAUCACUUCAUAGGCCAAGGAACCGGCAGAAAUGCUUGGGAUCGUGGAGGUGCCUUAUUUCUUCCUGGGGGAAAACGGCAGCUUUAUGGAUAUAUGGCAGAAAAACAAGAUUUAGACAUUUUUAACAGGCAUUCACAAGCUAAAUCUAAGCUAAAAUUUGAGAUGAGAUCAUACAAGGAGAUGGUGGUUAAUCAAGUUAAUCAGAUGACAGAGGACAACCAGCAACUCAUCUGGCUUAAGAACAGGGUUGCUAAGGAGCGUAUGCACUCAAAGGAACUCAAGAAAUCAUUUAACCUUGUGAGUGAAAGGCUGCGGAAGAGCAAGGAGGAGAACUGUAUUGUCAGACACAGAACAAAGACGCAACAUGAACAGAACAAGGAGGAAAUGGAUUAUCAGGAGCAGUUCUUCAAAGAGCAAAUGAGGGUCAUCCAUGAUGAGUUAAAUGCGAAGGAAGAGGACUUUGAGAGGGAACAACAGGAGAAGAGGGAGCGAAUGAAGCAGUCAAAUGCUAAUCCUGCAAGUGCAGAAGAUAAGGAGAGGGGGAUGGAGGAAAUCGCUCUGCAGGAAAAGGAAAUGGAGGAGUUUAUGGCAAGAAGGGAGAUGCUAGUAAAAGAGCACGAGGACAAGCUGGUGGCGGUGCAGAAGAGGCGAAGGGAUGAGGACGUGGAGCUGGAGAAGGACUUCAAGACCCGCCUCAUUCAACUGAUGGAGUUCUACUCCCAACGUCGAUUGCUUGUCUGACAUGAGAGUAGAGAGGCCUUGGACCUUUUGGGCGAGGCUUGCAGUCA